AUGUGUGUGAGGCAGCAGAGUCUGAUGCAGGCCUUUGCUCACAAGGGGGGUUAUGGUGAUGCUGUGAGCUGCAGCACGGACACCUCCCGGUGGUCCUCUCCCUCCAGACUGUUCUGUGACUCUAAUUCUCCACACUACUCUUCUGAGUUUGAAGACCAAACUGACUCAUGUGCAUACAAGACCCCAGGAGCCAAGUCACCAGACAAGUGCCAAGAAUUAAAACCAUCUGGAAGAACAAAAGCUAAAAAAGCACAAAAGGCCCCCAAGCAGAAGACAAACCACACUACAAACCAUCAACUGCCAAAGUUGACUCCGAUCAAGCCCCUGCACGUGUCAAAGCCAAGGAUCCAGUCUGCCAACUUAAACUGCAUCAGUGAGCUGAAGAGCCAGGUGUGGGAUCUGCAGCAUCAGCUGAGUGAGGCCAAGACAGAAAACAAACUGCUGAACAGGCUCCAGCACCGCCACACGGUGGCACUGCAGCAUUUCCAAGACUCAGAGGGCAGCGUUUCACAGAUCCAAACCAAGCACAACAAAGAGGUCCGAGCCCUGCAGGGGUUGCUUCGUGAGACCCGCACAUGCCGUGACAACCUGGCGAGACAGUUACAGGCCACGGAAAACAAGUUGUUAAAUGCUACGGCCAGUCUGCAGCGUAUGCAACUGCUCAACCAGGAUCACAACCUGCUGGAGAGGGAAGAACUCAGCCUCAGGUUGGCCAAGGCCACUGCCAAGCUGGAGGAGAAGGACAAGAGGAUACUGGACUUAGAGAAGAAUCUUGAGUUGUGCCAAGCCUCAUCCAAUCACCAAAUAACCACUGAACAUAGAAAGACCAGCGAGGCGAGAAAGAUGUCUGGCUAUCUGCAAGAGCAGAUAUAUCAAUUAACUAUUGAAAUCAAACAUAGAAAGAGAGAGCUGGAAACACACAAUAUUUACUCCCACAGACUUCUAAAAAGGUCUAACCAAAAAGGAAGGGAAAGUAAGAUGGUUCAAACAGAUGAAUUAGUCCUUAUCCCCACUGAGGCUGCGAGGCUUUUGAAGUUACAGUAUUCUGAGACUGAAGAGAGGCUGGAAGAGCAGGAGAGCCCCGUGAACACGGAGUCUUUUACUAUCGGAUAUCUGGAGUCAGAGGUUUCAGUUAAUAUCACGUCAGAAGAAAAUCACGUAGAGGAAACUGAGACUGAGAGAUGUUCAGAUUCUGUUGAGCAGAACAGUUGCUCAGAAGAAAACCCAGAGCGUCAAACUGAGGAACACAUCCCACAGGAGUUAGAAGAAGAGCACCCAAAGGAACAUGAAAGCCAGGUGUCCGGCAUUUUUGAGGAAACUCUGAAUACAACUGAACCUAAAGGCAAUGGGUACAAGCGGUCCAAAACCAAAUGCAACUACACUUUCAUACAAACUAUUGAGAACCUGCACAACAGAAAACCCGCCUGCAGCAGUGUAGACACACCAGUGUGA